AUGCGCAAAUCACGCUGGCGGGAUUUGGGAGAAUCCGCGCAGCAGCUGCUGUGGUCUUCCCCCGAUCAGGGGAUUAGGGGAAGCCUGAUCGGUGGCGGAAAGGGCGGAGGCGGAGCGGGGAGCGCGGGGAGCAGCAGCGGGGGAGAGAGCCUGGCGGAACGGCGGAGGCUGAUGCGGUUGGGGUAUGAUGGGGGAGAAGGGGUGGUAGCGGGGGAGGAUGGCGGAAAACUGGACCAAUUAGGAGCCGCCAGCGCGAGAACCUUGCCCGCGUCUCUGAUUGGCUCCUGGAACCAGGGCUUACAGGGGAAUGCUGACGUGGACCGUGCUCUAAACGAGCGGCUGGCUCGCGAUGUGACUAUAGUGAUCAGCUCAAAGCACUCUUUCGGAACAGCAGCCGCGCAGCUGGACGCGAUUCUCGCGACCACUCCCCCCUGCCCAGUGAUCUACAUGAUCCCCGGCGCAAUGGACGCGCGCACGCGCGCGCACGUCAGGCGCAGGCAAGCGGAGAGCGCACGGGGGAUGUGGGGUGGCUGGGGCGGCGGAGGGGGAGGCGCAAGCGCGGGGGGGGCAGCGGGCGGCGGAUUAGGGUUUGCAGAUCCUGAACUGGUUUGGGGGGAUGGUGGCGGAGGGAAUAGGCGGAGGCGGAAGGGCAGGGGGAAGGGGCGGGGGAAGGGGGAGGAAGUACAGGGAGGGCGGAGAAUACUCGUUAAGGAGAUGGAGGACGAAUAUGCGAGCGGAUACCUAAUGCGAAACGCAUCAUCAGAGUUAAUCCGCACUAAGUACGCGCUCUUUGUGUUCUCUGACGUGUUCCCGUAUCGACCCAACUGGCUGCAGCAUCUGUUUAGAUUCGCUGAGAAGCAUCCUGAGGGGGUGAUUUUCCUGCCGUUCAUUUGGGAGUGGGGGGGGGAUGCGGGGGGCGGGGGGGCGAAGCUCAGGGCAGGCGGGCUCAGCAGAGGGGCGGGCGUAGGGGGAGGGGUGGGGGGAAGGGGGAGAGGGGCGGUGACGUAUGGUGGUGCGACGAACCUGGGUGGUAGGCCCGGUGCCAGUGCUGCUGCAGGUGCGGCCACUAGUGCUGGCGCUGCUGGUGUGACUGCUGGUGUUGCUAGUAGCAGUAGUGGUGGUGCGGGGGGUGGGAGCAUGGGCAGCGGAUCAGUGGCGAAGCAAGAGGGCCUUAAAGCCCAUGCAGCAUUCGCCUCAGAUAUGCUAUUUGACGACUACAGUAACGACGGGAAGCUCUACCCACAACCAAUAGAAGACGUCCACGUGGCAGGCACCAGAGAUCCGAGCCUGCUGGACCCUCGAGAAUCCCCGGUAGGCGUGGAGGAUCACUGCAUGUUGGUUCGGCAGUCGUUUCUUUCCGAAGCUGUUCUGUUCGACCCUAGGGUCGGGUAUACCCGGCAGGAUCUGGAUUUGGCGCUUACAACAAGGUAUUUUAACUACAAGUCUUACUUAGUGCCGCAGUCUAUAGUGGUAUACCACCACCCGUCUUCCAGCGUGGGAGCGCGGGAUUUGAUCUACUUUGCGCGGCAGAGCGGCGCUGACGUGUGUUCAGCCAAUCAGGUGUUUCUGCGGCACAAGUGGGGGGUUAUAACGGGGCAGCAGUGUAGAGGGUUCGUGGACGCCACUUUAAGGGGCCACGUGUGGACAACUGAGGGCCAGGAGGGGGAUGGCGAAGGGUGGGAGGUGAACGGUGCAGGUGUUGCAGGCAAUGCUGCUGCUGGUGGUGGGGAGGAGGGUAGUGCAGCGAAAGGGGGAGUCGAGGCAGGUGGAAAGGGUACUAGCCUUGACAGCAGCAGCAGCAGCAGCAGCAGCAGCAGCAGUAGUGCCACACCCCCCGCCCGUUUUCUCAUUCCCAAGGGCCAAUCAGAGCAGGCUCAGCUCGUCCUCGCCUUCUUCUCAUUGGUCGGUUUCAACCGUUUCCAGAUGCGCAACCUGCCAGCCUGGCAACCCCUGCCGCCCGCGCCGCCAGCUGUCUGCCACGUCAGAGACAGGACGUUGUGCCAGAUCUCGAUCCCCUGGAUGGCUGUUGCCGCCCGGUUUAUUCCAUUUGUGGACCGACUUGCAACGCUGCCAGAUGCUUUGGCAGAAAAUGCCAAAGCUGCCGCCGCCGCUGCUGCCGCUGGUGCUGGUGGUGCUGCUGCUGCUGGUGCCGGUGGGAAGAGAGUAGUUCUCUCUGGCAGUAGGAAUGGUAGUACUGGUGGUGCUGCCGAGGCUGAGGUUCGGGGAGAGCCAGAGCUGUGGUUCGGCCGAGCCGAGGAGUACCCGAGCCUGCGGGUGAAUCGGGUGGAGGAUCUGUGGCGGGCGGCGUCGCUACGGGACGGACAACUGUUCAUGAUUCGGCACGGAGUGGUCAAACACGGCGAGAAGCAUCCAGGAAGGCGAGCCCCGGAAUUGCCCUUUUUAAUGAGGCUAUACCAUCCGUUUCUGCUGGUGGAAUUGGAAAUGCGGGUGUUUUCUGGGACAGGUGGGGAGAGUGGUGGGGGGAAAGGGGAGGAGGAUAGCAGGUGGUGGAUUGGGGGGAGUGAGGGAGAGGUGGAGGAGGGGACAGGGCUGAGAGGGGGCCGGGACAGGAGCAAGCGGACAGGAGGGGCGGGGAAAACGGUUCUGGAGUCGAGUCUGUUUGAUGGGCUGUCAGUUGUUGUGGAGGAAAAAUGCUUCUUCCCACCAUUGCCCUCUUCUUCUUCCUCUUCUGCUUCCGCUUCGGCUUCUAACCUCUCUUCCUCCUCCACUUCCUCCUCCUCCUCCUCCUCCUCCUCCUCCUCCUCCUCCUCCUCCUCCUCCUCCUCCUCCUCCUCCUCCUCCUCCUCCUCCUCCUCCUCCUCCUCCUCCUCCUCCUCCUCCUCCUCCUCCUCCUCGUCUUCUUCUACCAAAAAAGACACCACCGAUGUAACCCAACCCCAAGGCACGCUACUAACGCCCUUCCCUCCCUCCUCCUCCCCCACCUCCACCACCGAACCUCCCUCCCGGCCCUGCGUCCGUUCGGCGCGGUACUUCCGAGCCUGGAUGUACGUUCGGCACACCGAUCCAGACCACACAGCUCUGCACAUGUUUGAUCGCUUCCGCCGCUCGCUCCGCCGCUCGCUCCCCUCCUCCCCCUCCGCGUGGAUCAACACCACGCGCAUGCACUGGCUUUCUCCAAGGUUACGGAACGUGGUAACGCGGUUACGCGUGGUGCGCUGUGUGCCGAGCAUAUCGGACGGGUGCGAGAUGGGGUGGCGGGUCGGGGCCGUGCCGGACGCGUGGCGGCUGCUGCUGUGGGCGUGGCGGCCGCAGAGUGUGAGGACGGCUCAAUGGGUGAGUGAGUGGGUGGGUGAGUGGGUGAGUGAGUGGGUGAGUGAUUGGGUGAGCGAGUGGGUGAGUGAGUGGGUGAGUGAUUGGGUGAGCGAGUGGGUGAGUGAGUGGGUGGGUCUGGUGCUUGCCUGCUUCCUGCUAGACCCUGGUCUUUCUGCCCUUCCUCCCCUUCCUGCCCUUCCUGCCCUUCCUGCCCUUCCUUCCCUUCUUGCCCUUCUUUCCCUUCUUGCCCUUCCUUCCCUUCUUGCCCUUCGUUCCCUUCUUGCCCUUCUUUCCCUUCUUGCCCUUCUUGCCCUUCUUUCCCUUCCUGCCCUUCAGUUCCCUUCAUGCCCUACCUUGCUUGGCCCUUCAGACGAUUUCUCUGCUAAAGCCGCAUGGACGUGA